CCGAAAUAAAAAUGGCGAAUACCGCACAGCUUUUGCGGCGACAGAGUUCGCGAGACUUCGGUGGUGUAUUGAAAAGUCAAAAGAGCAUUGAUCAACUGGAACUACGGGAAAUGCGCGGUCGUUUGGUGCCCAAAGAACACCAUACGAGCGGUACACAUCAUCAUCCGCAUCCCAGCCAUCACCAUCAACCCAUGUAUGGUGCCACCAAUCAGGCGUUUCUCGGCGAUGCUUUUGACGAAUCGACUGAAUUGGAACCCGAUAGUUUCGGUGCGCAGGCGAGCACGAGCAAGUCAAAAGCAGAACUGGUCGCAGCAGUCUCGGCCACAGUGGAGGCACAAGCAGAGGAUAUUGUUGAGGGCGAAAAAGAGGGUGAAGAACGUGAAAGUUGGGACAACAAAAUCAUGUUUCUACUCGCCACAAUAGGCUAUGCCGUUGGCUUGGGCAACGUCUGGCGGUUUCCUUAUUUGGCGCAAAAGAAUGGCGGCGGUGCUUUCCUCGUGCCAUAUUUCAUAAUGCUGUGCAUACAGGGCUUGCCGAUAUUCUAUCUGGAAUUGGCUGUAGGCCAACGACUGCGCAAGGGUGCGAUAGGUGUAUGGAGCCAGGUCUCUCCGUAUUUGGGCGGCAUUGGCAUCUCAUCCGCAGUUGUCAGUUAUAUAGUCGCUUUGUAUUAUAAUACCAUAAUUGCCUGGUGCCUCAUAUACUUGUUGCACAGUUUUGAGUCACCUUUGCCGUGGGCCGAUUGCCCCACACGCCUCUAUGCCAAUUACACUUAUGACCAUGAGCCGGAAUGUGUGGCCUCUUCACCAACGCAAUUCUACUGGUAUCGCACCACACUUCAGUGCUCCGAAAGCGUCAAUGAGCCAGAAAAUUUUAAUUAUCACAUGGCUAUAGCGUUAAUAGUUUCGUGGUUUCUCGUUUACAUCUGUAUGGUGCAGGGUAUUACGUCGUCGGGCAAAAUUGUCUAUAUGACAGCCAUAUUUCCGUAUGUGGUGCUCAUAAUAUUCUUCUUUCGCGGCAUUACGUUGAAAGGCGCCUCAGAAGGUGUUGCACAUCUCUUCACGCCGCGCUGGGAAACACUACUUGAUCCGGUUGUUUGGCUAGAAGCCGGUACGCAGAUUUUCUUCUCUCUCGGACUUGCGUUUGGCGGCUUGAUCGCCUUCAGUUCAUACAAUCCUGCCAACAAUAAUUGUUAUCGAGAUGCCAUCUUAGUGUCUCUCACAAAUUGUGGCACUUCGAUGUUUGCUGGCGUUGUCGUCUUCUCGGUGAUCGGCUUUAAGGCCACAUCAACAUUCGAUCGUUGCAACGAGGAACGACAAAGCUUGAUUGCCCAAAAUAGAACUACAAACUUACCAGUAUGUGAUCUGCAGAAAGAACUGGCGAACAGCGCUUCAGGUACUGGCUUGGCCUUCAUCAUAUUCACCGAGGCGAUCAAUCAAUUUCCCGGCGCUCAAAUAUGGGCCGUGUUAUUCUUCCUCAUGCUUUUCACACUUGGCAUCGAUUCACAGUUCGGCACACUGGAAGGCGUUGUAACCUCGCUUGUGGAUAUGAAGCUAUUUCCAAAUCUACCUAAGGAAUGGAUUGUGGGGGGUCUUUGCUUUUCCUGCUGUUUAAUCUCAAUGUGCUUUGCUAACGGCGCUGGGAGCUAUAUAUUUCAGCUAAUGGACAGUUUUGCUGGCAAUUUCCCGCUUCUGAUCAUUGCGCUCUUCGAAUGUCUGUCGAUCAGUUAUAUCUACGGUGUUAGAAGGUUCUCCGACGACAUUGAAAUGAUGACUGGUUCGCGUCCCGGCUUGUAUUGGAUGUUAUGCUGGAAGUAUCUCUCACCAGCUGCUAUGAUUACAAUACUGCUGGCCUCGUUCUAUCAAUUACUCACUGAGGGUAGCAGUUAUCCCGCUUGGAUAGCCGCUAAAGGACUGACCGAGAAGCUCGAGUGGCCUCAUUGGUGCAUUGUUAUAGCAUUUUUCCUUAUUCUGUCGUCAAUAUUGUGGAUACCGAUCGUGGCGAUACUGAGAUUAUGUGGCAUUAAGGUGGUGGAAGACACAGAUCCUGCUUGGUUCCCAGAAGCCGAGCUCAAAGAGGUGCACGGCAUUGUGCCACACGAACCUACCGAAAUCGAACGUAGCAUAUUUUGUUUCAAUAUGGAUGGCACAGAGGGCAUGUGCUGUCCAAAAUAUGGUUUGCCAGAGAAAUCGCUCGAAGAAGAGGAGUAAAUAUACACAAAGGUAAAGGAAUAAAGCGUGAAAGGAAAAUAAUAUGAGGAAGGUCACAAAUAAGAUGAAAGAAAAUGAAGUACAUAUUUAUUAACGAUUCAUACGAAACCGUCGAGAAUAUACUUCAAACGAAGGAGAGUGGAUAGAACAAGCGAAAAUUACUAGAACGAAUGAUCGAAGUGAACAAAAUAAGUAAGAAAAGGAUGAUGUUAUCAACAAUUUAUUUUAUAAAAAUCUGCAUUUUUGGUGUUUUGGUGCGUAAAAAUGGUUUGGUAACUCAACUAUACAAUAAUA